UGAACUUCGUGGGGAUUUUAAGAAGGAUAUGGUUGAACUUCGUGGGGAUGUCAAGAAGGAUCUGACUGAACUUCGUGGGGAUGUUAAGAAGGAUCUAGCUGAAAUUCGUGGAGAUGUUAGGAACAUUUACAUUAUUGUGGCAAUUUCCUUGAGUGUAAUCUGUGCUGCGAUAAUAAAUUCGUGGGUUAGAUCGCUUUCUGACAGUUCUAAAAGUGAGAAAGGUUCAACUUCUACUCAUGAUGGUUAUAGUAAAGGAUCCGGAUUUGUUUUGAAGGCUUUCAAUGAUGACAAAUUUCUUGAUCUACUCUGCAAUCUAGAUUGA